CCGCCCCUCUCGUUUAGUCGUUUUCAUCCUGCAUCCCGUCCCAAUCGCCUCCCUCCCCCGAUAUCCCCAGGAACUAGGGUUUCAGCGCCGCCGGCGAGCGGAGCCGUCGCCGCUGCUUCUCUCACCGCCUCCCCCGCUCCAUAUCCUCCAUACCGAACUCAAGCCACCGCGUCCCCCGCGCUGCCGCCGCCGCCGCCGCCUGUACCCGUAUCUCCGCUCCGUCCCCCGAGGCCUCUUCCUCGGGUCGUCUCCACCUCCUCCCUAGACCGCCGUCCACUACCUGCCCUGUCCGCCAUCCACGCUCUGCUGGCUGCAACUUUAGUUCUCUGAGCUGCCGGUGCGACACACCUCUCACUGCAGGGAGUGUGGUGCUCAACCCCAGGUGUCCGACAACUUCUCUUCCCCUGAACGCCAGGCUGUAGCGUCCAAUUCCAAGACUCCACGACACCACCCACUUGACCAUCGUUGUCGACCACUGUGCGGCAGGGCGACUCUGUGUGCAAUACGGUCAAUCUUUGGAAGAGCUCUUCCUCUUUUCCGUGUCGUUUGAUGCGGUUUAAUGGCGAGUAAUAUGCAGGCUUCUGGGCCUCCUCAGCCUCCGAGGCCUCCCAUGAUGGGUUCUACUGCUCCACCGCAAAAUAUGGGACCACCAAUUCCCAUGCAGUUUAGGCCAGCAGGUCCUCCACAACAGCCUCAGUUCAUGCAACCGGUGCCGCAACAGUUUCGACCUGUUGGUCAGGCCAUGCCAGGAGCUAACAUGGGCAUGCCGGGGCAGAUGCCACAUUUUCCGCAACCUGGUCAGCAUAUGCCUCACUCUGGUCAUGUUCCGCCUGCAUCACAAGCUGUUCCUAUGGCCUAUCAGGCAGCUAGACCUAUGUCAUCUGCGCCUAUGCAGCCGCAGCAGCAAGCUGUAUUCCCUGGUGGACAUAUGCCCACCAUGGGCGCCCCUAUGCCGCCCCCAUCUUAUACGUAUCAACCAACAUCGGUUCCUCCUGUAGCUCAAUCCUGGGGUACAGCUCUAGGUCAGAGUGUACCUCUUGUGCCACCGGCGGUGCAGCCCGGGCAUCAGUCCAUGUCAGCUUCAUUGCCCUCAGUCAGCUCAACUGAGCCUAGCUCUUCUGAUUGGCAAGAGCACACUUCACAGGAUGGAAAAAAGUACUAUUACAAUAAGAGGACAAGGCAAUCAAGUUGGGAGAAACCUGCCGAGUUGAUGACACCUUUGGAGAGGGCUGAUGCCUCAACUGAAUGGAAAGAAUUUACUACAGCUGAAGGACGAAAGUACUAUUACAACAAGCUGACUAAACAAUCCAAAUGGUCUAUUCCUGAUGAGCUAAAGAUCGCACGUGAACUGGCAGAAAAGGCAUCAAAUCAACAGCCUGACCGGGAAACUGAAACCACUACUAGUGGCCCUGUUGGAUCCGCUUCUGUUCCGGUGGAGCCUUCCUUACCUGCCAACCAGUCCUCAUCUGUGGUAGGAAUAAUUGCUUCAACCACACAUGAUGCGUUGGCAAACUUACCUCUUCCUCCUGAUGCUCCCCCUGGUGCUGGCUUAUCUUACAAUGGUGACAUUGCUUCUUCCCAUGUUGACACGCAAAAUGGUGGAACAAGUGCUUCUGUUGUUGCCCCUGUUACAACGAGCACAGGAGUUUCAUCAGUUGCAAUUGAUGCAGGGACAAGCAGAAACAAUUAUGAAAGUUCAUCUCGAACAAUCACCACUGACACAAAAGAUGGAGCAUCUGCUGAAGAUUUGGAGGAGGCAAAAAAGACGAUGCCAACUGCAGGGAAGAUCAAUGUUACACCACUGGAGGAGAAAACAAGUGAAGAAGAACCUCCUGUUUAUGCUAAUAAGUUGGAAGCAAAAAAUGCAUUCAAAGCCCUGCUUGAAUCAGCAAAUGUUGAGUCUGAUUGGUCAUGGGAUCAGGCCAUGAGAGUUAUCAUAAAUGACAAAAGAUAUGGUGCUCUGAGAAGUCAUGGAGAGAGAAAGCAAGUUUAUAACGAGUAUUUAAACCAGCGGAAAAAGAUUGAAGCUGAGGAGAGGCGUGUCAAGCAGAGGAAAUCACGUGAUGAUUUUCUCACAAUGCUGGAAGAAUGCAAGGACCUUACAUCAUCAACAAGAUGGAGCAAAGCAAUAACUAUGUUUGAGGAUGACGAAAGGUUCAAUGCUGUUGAGCGUCCAAGGGAGCGUGAAGAUCUAUUUGAGAAUUAUCUUGUGGAAUUACAAAAGAAGGAAAAAGCAAAGGCUGCUGAAGAGCACAAAAGACAUGUAGCAGAAUAUAGAGCUUUUCUUGAAUCGUGUGAUUUCAUCAAGGCAAGCACCCAGUGGAGAAAAGUUCAAGAUCGUCUAGAGGAUGAUGAACGCUGUUCCCGACUUGAAAAGAUUGAUCGCUUGGAUGUUUUUCAAGAGUAUAUACGGGAUCUGGAGAAAGAAGAGGAAGAGCAGAAGCGGAUUCAGAAGGAGCAUACAAGGAGACAAGAGCGGAAAAACCGCGACGAGUUCCGCAAGAUGUUGGAAGAACAUGUUGCUGAUGGCACUCUUACUGCGAAAACUCAUUGGCGUGACUACUGUGCACAGGUAAAAGAUUCACGUGCUUACUUGGCAGUAGCCUCAAACAUGUCUGGUUCCAUGCCAAAAGAGCUCUUUGAAGAUGUCAUCGAGGAGCUUGAUAAACAGUAUCAAGAUGACAAGACUUUAAUUAAAGAUGAAUUGAAGUCUGGAAAGAUUCAUAUGACGACCUCAUGGACAUUAGAAGACUUCCAAGCUGCUGUUACAGGGGAUGACAAUUGUAAAGGAAUAUCAAAUAUUAAUAUCAAGCUUAUUUAUGAUGACCAAAUUGAAAGGCUCAGGGAAAAGGAUCUGAAGGAGGCUAAGAAGCGCCAGCGACUGGGUGAUAAUUUUUUGGAUUUCCUGUACUCAAUCAAGGAAAUAUCAGCAACUUCAACAUGGGAGGAUUCUAAACCACUGUUUGAAGAUAGCCAGGAGUGCAGGGCUCUGGACAGUGAGACAUAUGCUAGAGAGCUUUUUGAAGAGUGUGUUGUCCGCCUCAAAGAAAGGUUGAAAGAGAAAGAGCGCAUGAGGGAGGAAGAAAAGGCAAAAAAGGAGAAAGAACGUGAAGAGAGAGAAAAGAAGAAAGAGAAAGAGAAAGAAAGAAAGGAGAAAGAGCGCAAAGAAAAAGAAAGAGACCGGGAGAAGGAAAGAGAAAAGGAAAAGGUGAAGGAUCGGUCAAGGAGAGAGGAAAUGGAGAUCGAUGGAGCUGACAUGGAGACUCAUGGCUCAAAAGAUAAGAAACGAGAGAAGGAUAAAGAAAAGAAGCAUAAAAGACGCCAUCAUGAUGCCACAGAUGAUUUAAGCUCUGAAAGGGAUGAGAAGGAUGACUCGAAGAAGUCUAGAAGGCAUAGCAGUGAUCGCAAGAAAUCUAGGAAGCAUACCCAUGCUUCAGACUCGGAUAGUGAAAACCGGCAUAAACGACAUAAAAAGGAUCGAGAUAGUUCCCGCAGAAAUGGUGCACAUGAGGAACUUGAAGAUGGUGAACUUGGAGAAGAUGGGGAGAUUCAUUAGCCUUCCCUCUUACUACCUAGGUUGUCAGUAUUUACUGCCUGUUGUCCUGUUCUCUGUUGCUGCUACUUCGAUAUCUUUUGCCUAAGUAGUGAUUCUGCUUAAGAACUCUCUAGUGUUAUGUUACUGAAAUUUAGUGUUCCGUUUUAUGAUAUGAACUCAUUAUUCUACUAUUCUGCAAUAGCAUAAACUGGCCCCUUUUAAGCAACCCA